AUGGUGCCUAAACCCAACACUUUCUUGAGCACUCUGCUCGUCUCGGCUUCACUCAUUAGCUCGGGAUAUGCAGUUGCGGGUGGUGGUUCUACCACUUGUACUACCGUGAACCUCUUCCAGAACCCUUCAUUCGAAACUGGUGACAUGACCGACUGGGCCAUUGGAUCUCCGAAUACCGGAAGUGACUCUGGUGCAGUUGUAUCUGGUGAUGCUUCGGAUGGAAGCUAUUAUUUCUCGAUUCCAGCCACUGAUACUUGGGAAUAUUUGACGCAGGAGUUGACAGGUCUGGAAGUUGGCCAGACCUAUACGCUCUCUGUGGACUAUUCCUAUGAUUGGACCGCAGCUACCGCGCCCACCUAUCCGUCGGACCUAUGUUAUAUCAGCUUCGCUCAAAAUGCCUGGACCGCUUGGAUCGACGGGAGAUCUAUAGUUGACCCAUCGGUGAACGCAGGAUGGACGACUUACAGCGUCAGCUGGACACCCACCACAUCGUCCGUAGAUGUCUUCCUCGGCUUCGGAUGUGUGGGAAGUACCACUCUGCGCUUUGAUAACCUCAAGGCCACUAACGGCGAAGAAACCUGUGUUACCAGUACUCCCACACCUACUCCUGCUGCCAGUUCCUCGGCUGUGCAAUCCUCCCCUAUCAAGUCUUCCUCUGUUGUGGAGUCUAGCUCGUCAAAGGCUUUGAUUUCUUCCACCCCUGUUCCAAGCUCGGUUCGCCCUUCGGCGUCUACUCCUGUUGGCUCCAGCCCUGUUCCUCAUUCUCCUUCUCGACGUCCCACUCCUUCCGCUCCCGUUCCUUCAUCUGCGCCUUGGAGUCGUCGUCCUAUCUCGUCUACUGCCAGGCCCUCUUUCACUCCCUCUGGAUCUGUUGCCGCUCCUUCGGUUACUCCUUCGGGAUCUCCUGGAUAUGGCGGUCACGGCUCUGGUGGUCACGGCUCUGGUGGUCACGGCUCUGGUGGUCACGGCUCUGGUGGUCACGGCUCUGGUGGUCACGGCUCCGGUGUUCACGGCUCCGGCUCUGACUCUGGCUCCGGUGGUCACGGCUCUGGAUCUGGCUCUGGCUCUGGCUCCGGUGGUCACGGCUCCGGCUCUGACUCUGGCUCCGGUGGUCACGGCUCUGGAUCUGGCUCCGGCUCCGGCUCUGGUGGUCAUGGAUCUGGCUCUGGCUCUGGUUCCACAACCUCUACAAUUCUUACCACCCGGACAAGCACCAUAACCGCUUGCCCCUCCACUGUCACCGACUGCCCGGCCCGAGACCGUACCACUUACUUGACCACCGAGACGGUUGUUGUGGGAACUACUGUCUGCCCUCUUACCGAAGGAUCUCAGCCCACCGCUACUACCUCACCGGUUAGCCAGAGUGAGGGCAAUGGCUCGACUGAGCAGAUGACCACAUCGACUGCUUUUAUUACGCGCACGUCCACAAUUACUGCUUGUCCUUCCAGCUCUGGUUCUUCCGGUGAGGAAGAGGUCAGCACCACCAUCAUUUAUUCGACCAAGAUUGAGUCUGGAACCACCGAAACCAUUGCUAUCGCAACUGAGGUUCUUACUCUCACGGCCGCCAAAGCCUCUGGAACUGGUAUCUCAGGCGUCGGGGCCGUUGGAGUGCCAUCUGUGCGCAGCACACACAUUCACAUCCGGCCUACCCAAACGGCCUUUGCCACUUCCAGUUCCUCUGUUCCUCAGGGCAGCUCUGGUGUAGGAUCUAUUUCUACCUCGACCAGUAGUCCUGCUGCCCCGGUCUACACCGGUGCCGCUUCACCUUCCUUCACUUUCUCCACUGGCCUUCUCGGCGCUUUGGCUCUUCUUGUUAUGCGUCUUGUAUAA